AUGUCACUCAAAGAAGACAGAGGUUCUGAUGAGAGCCUUCUAGGCAGUGACAGAGAGAGUGAUGAGAUCGAGUGGACUCGACCAAUUCAGCGACAGAACUGGAGACGAUAUGCUUGGGUAAUUCUCAACCUUCUCCUCUUUCUGUUAUCUCUCGGUCUUUUUGUCGCUGCCUCCUCCAGGUUCAGCUCGGAGUCCGAGAUGGACUACAUCCGCAAGACGUCCUUUUACUCUCCUGUCUUGGACUCAAUCAACUUCAAGAUGAGGCCUAUUGAGACAGAGGGUGGCUUGUUCGAAGCAAAGAAUCCGUCCAAGUGGCGCAACUCUCUCAAGCCUGAUCCCGAGGUCGAUGAUGCAUGGGAAGAUCUUGAGAUCAUCCGUGUUUUCCCCAUCACUGAGUCCGAGGUUCGCCGACUAGGCAAAGAUCCAGAGCUUCUCGUCAAGUUCCCCCAAGAGUACGGUCUUGGUGAUAAUGCCUACAUGGCGCAAAUCGACAUGUUUCAUCAAAUACACUGUCUCAACCUUCUGCGACACCUAGCUUGGGCCGAGUAUAACCGCAAUGGCACGGCAAAGAAGCCUUUCAGCGACUUGCAUUGGAUUCAUGUCAGCCAUUGCACUGACAUAUUGAUGCAGAACCUCAUGUGCAACGGAAAUUUGGACAUCAUCACCUUCAACUGGGUUGAGACCCAGUCGAAUCCAUUUCCAGACUUUGCUGUCAACCAUCAGUGUAGGGAUUUUGAUGCGAUAUAUGAAUGGCAGGAUAAACACUCGGUGCCAAAAGAAUGGGGGCGGAAUGUCACUCGGCCAGCUGGCGCAAAGCAGAUUCCAAUUAGCGAAGAAUAUUAUCGUAUAUAUGGGAUCGAGAAGCCGCAAGUAUCUACAACACCAUAG